AUUCCUCAAUUCUGUCAAAUAUCAUAUCCUUUUACAUGGUUGAUAGCCGAAAGUAACACGUGCUGCUGAAGUAAUUUUUGUGAAAUAUAGUCGUUAAAAAAGUUAAUAAGAUGCCUUUAGCUGUCGACUUAUUGCAUCCUUCUGCCGAAAAACAGAGGCGAUCACACAAAUUGAAAAGGUUGGUUCAGCAUCCAAAUAGUUACUUUAUGGAUGUGAAGUGUCCAGGCUGCUACGCAAUUUCAACUAUUUUCUCGCAUGCCCAGUCUGCUGUACCCUGCAAAGGUUGUUCUACAAUCCUCUGCACAUCUACUGGAGGCAAGGCGAGACUUACAGAAGGUUGCAGUUUCAGGCGUAAACAGCAUUAAAUUUUAAAUGUGACUGUAACUAUAUUGUUUUCUAAUAAAUUUAAUUAAUAAAGUAA